CAUCGUCGUCUCGCGUCUUCGCCUGGUCACCGCAUCGUUCCUCUUUGGCCUGAAGAAACCCUAGCCAUAGAGAUGGCAUCGGCGAAUAGCGCGAGCAAGAAGCGAAGCAUAGGUGCACCAUCCCAGCAACAGGGUAGCGUGAGCUGUGCAUUGGGCAAGGAGGUAAGUCUGGAUGCAGUGCCCUUAUAUUUGGAAGAAACAGAAUGGCAUGGUGAGGAGAAAGGAACUCGAUUGCGCUGCAAGCAUGGAUUGUGUCUAGCACGGAGGGUGGCUUGGGAAGGAGAAGACACAGGCAGGAGGUUCUUGGGCUGUCCAUUAGAGGAAGACGAGGACCAAUGCAAGUUCGUUCAAUGGGUGGAUCCUGAAUGGGACUCGAGGGUGAAGAAGACACUAGCUGGCAUGUGGGAUAUGGUGGACCGUGGAGUGAAACGUGAAGCAAUUAUUCAAGCUGACAUGUUUAAGGCUUUUGCCCUGAAAGACCGUUUGGAGAAAGAGAAGAAUGAUGAGUUAGCCCACAAGAAUGCUCUGCUUGACAUGAGGGAAGCACAAUUGAAAGAACUGCUCUACAAAUCUGCCUCCGAAGCAAACGAGCUAUGUUCUCCCUCCUCCUAGGUUCCCCCCUUCAUCCCCAUUAUUUUGCUCGUUCCCGCGUUUCCUCUCUUUUGCCGCCCAGGGCGCAGGAGGACUGGCGUGGUUCCUUCCAGGAGAAGGAAAAGUGCGUGCGUGGACUGACGAUUCAACCGGAGGAGGAGUGACAUGGGAUUUCUGAUGUGGCAACCAUCUUGAAGGUUCCUGAGACUGCAAGUGGGCCACCCCUGUCAGGUCACGGUAGAUUUAACUGGGAGAGCUAAGACCUGUAGUUUUGUGAUAACGAGGUCCCUAAAUCUGUAGUUUUAUGAGACAAUUUUUUAAAUAUGUAGUUUUGUGAUAGAUUGUGCAAAGUACCUGUAGUUUUGUGAAAUUUACUCUUAAUCUUAUUACAUCUCUCAACUACAAAUUUAUCCUGAAAAGACGUCUACACGUACACAGAUGAAUUGUACUCUAUCUAUAAAAAAAACAUCACAAUCGAUUCUUUCCAAACAUGCAUAAUUCAUAUUUAUUUGUAGCAAAACAUAGGUAUUUUGUUUAGUAGCUAUAUUCAAAUAAAAACACAUUUAUAGAAAUAGGAGAAAUAAUUAUAUAUUGACUCUAAUUCUGCUUUCUAAAUCUAGGUCCGUGGAAUUGUAGAAAAAU